AUGAAGGCAGCCUCUAUUCUGACUCUAGCAGGUCUGUUAUCCUCAGUCAAUGCUCAUGGUUACCUGACCAUUCCAUCAAGUCGUACUCGACUUGGAUUUGAGGCUGGCAUUGAUACCUGCCCAGAAUGUUCCAUCCUUGAACCAGUCGCUCCUUGGCCGGAUCUGGAAGGACCCCAAGUUGGCCGAAGUGGACCAUGUGGUUACAAUGCUCGAGUUAGUGUUGAUUAUAACCAGCCCAGCGCUCACUGGGGCAAUUCUGUCGUCGCCACAUAUACUGCAAACCAGAUCGUCGAUGUGCAAUGGUGUGUCGACCACAAUGGUGACCAUGGUGGCAUGUUUACCUACGGUAUCUGCCAGAAUCAGGCUCUAGUCGAUUUAUUUCUCGACCCAAACUACCUUCCAACCAAUGCCGAGAAACAAGCUGCCGAAGACUGUUUCCUGGAGGGUGAAUUGAAAUGUACAGAUGUCACAGGCCAGACCUGUGGUUACAGUCCUGACUGCACUGCUGGUCAAGCAUGCUGGCGCAAUGACUGGUUCACUUGCAAUGCAUUCAGUGCCGACAGCAAACGCGGCUGUCAGGGCGUGGAUGGCGCUCCAUUAAACUCUUGCAAGACAACUAUCGCCGGUGGCUACACAGUUACGAAGAAAAUCAAAAUCCCAGACUAUGACUCGGCCCACACGCUGUUGCGCUUCCGGUGGAACUCUUUCCAAACGGGCCAAGUUUAUCUCAACUGUGCUGAUAUUGCUAUUGGGGGUACGGGGGGAGGGUCAACUUCGACUACUAGCCCUGCAACUUCUACGACAAGCAAGACAAGCACCAUCACAUCUACUACACCCUGUGCUACUACCGCCACCACCGUCCCGGUAACCUUCAAGGAGUUGGCGACCACAUCAUAUGGACAGAAUGUCUUCGUCACCGGAUCAAUCAGCCAGUUGGGCUCUUGGUCUACCUCGUCGGCGAUCGCCCUAUCUGCAGGGUCAUACACAACGUCUAACCCAUUGUGGACUGCCAGUAUCGAUCUCCCCGCUGGUACCACUUUUGAGUAUAAGUUCUUCAAGAAAGGGUCAGACGGUACCAUUACUUGGGAAAGUAAUCCUAACCGGAGCUAUACUGUACCAAAAGGCUGCUCUGGAAUUACGGGGACUGCAAGUGUAACAUGGCGGUAG